ACACCCUUUUGGUCCGUCCUACCAUUUAGGAAGGAAUCAAAAGUGGAGGAGGCGGUGGUUUCUUCCGGCCGGCUGGGACGGAGAUUGACGACGACGGCGUAGAUGGUGGCACGGUAAGAUCAUCAUAUAUGGAAGGCGUCGCCGCUCAUCAGAAACGUAAGGUGAUGGUGGUGGCGGAUCCGACCCGGGAGUCGGCGGCGGCCCUGGAAUACGCCCUAUCCCAUGCAAUCCUGGAAACCGAUACCAUUAUUCUCCUCCACGUUGAGAAUCCAAACGCGUGGAAAAACCCGAUUGGGUCGUUGUUUAAAUGGCCGUCGUUGCCGUCUUCGUCCAAGGUCGCCUCCUCGCCGAGCUCAGAAGGCCUCGGCAACGGCGCCGCCUCCCUCGGUUACGCCGGCGGCGGCGGCGGCGGAGAGAUGGAGUUUUUGGAAGCGUUGAAGCGUGCAUGCGAGAUUGCGCAGCCGAAAAGUAGUGUGCAGACGGAGCGGGUGGCCAUAAUGGAUGGGAAGGAUAAAGCUCCGAUCAUUCUUUCCCAUUGCGCCACGCUUGGGAUUGACCUUCUUAUUGUAGGCCAAAAGAGGACUCUAUCAAAUGCUAUCCUAGGGCACAAGAGAAGUGGAUCGUUAAGGGGACUAGACACUGCAGAAUAUUUGAUCGAGAACAGCAAGUGCACCUGCGUUGGAGUGCAGAGAAAAGGCCAAAAUGCAGGAUAUAUUCUUAAUACCAAAACACAGAAAAACUUUUGGCUCUUAGCUUGAUUAUAUAUAUAUAUAUAUAUAUUUAUCUCAUCUCUGAUAGUUUCUGCUAAUCCACCACUUAUCUGUUCAUGUC